AGAAAUACAAGACUCAGGAUGAGAAGCAUCUGUCUCAUGCUCUUCGGUGGGGCAAUAGCUUUGGCUUUGCCCGUAAGACAUGAGGAAGAAAAAAUGGAGCUUAUCCAGAAAUACCUAGAAAAAUAUUACAACUUUACAUCAGAUGGGCAAAAAGGUUUUAGAGGCAGAAUCAGCAACCCCAUGACAAAAAAGAUCAGAGAAAUGCAAGCAUUUAUUGGAUUAGAGGUGACAGGAGACUUAGAUUCCAAUACACUGCAGGCAAUUAAAAAACCCAGAUGUGGAAACCCAGAUGUGGGCCAAUUUGCCUUCUUUGCAGGUCAACCCAAGUGGCAGAAGAAAAAUCUAACCUACAGGAUACUGAACUAUACACCAGAUAUGGAUAAAGCUGAUGUUGACAAAAGCACUGAGAAAGCUUUUAAAGUUUGGAGCCGAGUUACACCUCUGACAUUCAACAAAGUUUCAGGGGGCAAUGCAGACAUCUUGAUCUCUUUUCGUUCCCGAGAACAUGGGGAUUUCAGUUCCUUUGAUGGACCUGGUGGCACCAUUGCCCAUGCCUUCGCUCCUGGUGCCGGUAUUGGAGGAGAUGCCCAUUUCGAUGAAGAUGAAUUCUGGAGCAGUGGCUUAGAAGGUUCCAACUUAUUUUAUGUUGCUGUUCAUGAAUUUGGCCAUUCACUUGGACUCCUGCAUUCCCAGGAUCCUAAUGCUGUAAUGUUUCCAGUGUAUAAGGACCCUGAGGAAAAUCAACAGACUCUAUCUCAGGAUGAUAUUGAAGGCAUCCAGUAUCUCUAUGGAGCAUCAUCAAACCCAUCUCAAGACCCAGUAGAAGAGGAUGAACCAAGAAAACCCUCCAGCCCAGAGAAACCCGCAUUACCAUCUGCUUGCAAUCCUCACUUGACAUUUGAUGCUGUGACCUCUUUCCGGGGAGAAAUAAUGUUCUUUUGGAAUAAAUAUUUUUGGCGAAAACUCCCCCAGUACAGACAGAUUGAUUUGAAUCUGAUUUCUGAAUUUUGGUCAUUUUUACCAUCUGGAGUUGAUGCUGUUUCUGAAAAUAAUGAGAAAGAUGAGACAUUUCUUUUUAAAGGCAACCAGUUCUGGGCUGUGAAAGGAGAUUCCAUGCUUCUUGGGUACCCCAAGCCCAUCUACAGUCUGGGCUUCCCCAAAGAUGUCACAAAAAUUGAUGCUGCAGUUUUCAAUGCAAAUGAAAAGAAGACAUAUUAUUUUUCUUCAGACAAAUACUGGAGUUACAAUGAAAACAGCCAAACCAUGAACAAGAAACCCCAAAGGAUUCAAGAUGGCUUCCCAGGUAUCACAGGCAAAGUCGAUGCCGUCUUUCAACACAAUGAUUUAUUGUACUUCUUUAAGGGAACCAAUCAAUAUGAGUUUGAUCCUAACACCAGGAGAGUUACUCGGAUCCUGACAGCCAACAGCUGGUUUUCAUGCUGA